GUUUGAACUAGUAUGUAAAGAGAUGUCGUACAUGUUGGCGAACAGUUACUUGUUAUGGUUAGCCAUUGUGUUUUGAGAUAUCGAUGACUGUUGAAGUAUUAUAAUCAUUCUUAGUGUUCCCAAUAAUUCGGCCACGUCGAAUUAUGCAGUUUUAUAAAGAAAAGCUUCUGUCACCUGGACAAUUGAAACGUCUCAGUGAGCAUAAGUACAGCUGCACGACAAACAGUCUUUUGGAUGGAUUUCUUCAACCCUGGUGGGACUGGCUUGUUAGCAAGGUUCCACUUUGGCUUGCACCAAAUUUAAUCACCAUCGUGGGACUGAUUGUCAACAUCGCGACUACUUUGAUCCUUGUAUAUUAUAGUCCAGAUGCUAAAACCGAGGCACCUAGGUGGGCUUGUUUUUUAUGCGCACUUGGUUUGUUCAUUUAUCAAAGUUUAGAUGCCAUAGAUGGCAAACAAGCCAGAAGAACAGGAACUUCGACACCAUUGGGUGAAUUAUUUGAUCAUGGGUGUGAUUCCAUAUCAACCGUUUUUAUUGCUCUAUCAGCGUGUAUAGCAGUACAAUUAGGAUAUUAUCCAACAUGGAUGUUUUUCCAAUGCUUUUGUGCUAUGACACUUUUUUAUUGUGCACAUUGGCAGACAUAUGUUUCAGGUUCUUUAAGAUUUGGCAAAGUGGAUGUCACAGAAGCACAAUUUACUAUUAUAAUGAUUCACCUUAUUUCUGCAAUUUUUGGGCCACAAAUAUGGAUGAUAGAGAUACCAUACAUAGAUGGUUUUAUGUUUAAGUAUUUAAUAGGAGUUAUGACAGUAAUUUGUGCAAUGGCAAACUUAUAUUUCAUCUUUUCGGUGAUUUUCACCGGAGGAGUGGGCAAGAAUGGUUCAACUGUGGCUAUACCAGUGCUUGGUGUAGGCACAAUCAGUAACUACGUAGCAGUAUUCUUUUAUGCAGGCUACAUUCAUGUAUUCCUUGAAUUCUGUAAAGUCUUUGAAUCUGGUGGGAUUGGAAAGAAUGGUUCCACAAUUGCAUUGCCAUACACUGGCACAGAGGUCAAGGUGUUUCCAUUAUGGGCUGCUGUGGGCAUCGCUAUUUUACUUGCACAGAGCAGCAUAUCCGUCAUUCUUGCCGGUGGUGUCGGCAAAAAUGGCUCCACCGUCGCAGGAACAUCAGUUUUAUCUCCAAUUAUUCCAUUUAGUUUCGUGGUAGUACCAGCUUUUAUAAUUUAUAGAAAAAGUGCAGAACACGUUUAUGAAAAUCAUCCUGCAUUGUAUAUACUUGCAUUUGGAAUGGUUGCAGCUAAAGUUACCAAUCGACUGGUGGUUGCUCAUAUGACAAAAAAUGAAAUGGAAUAUUUAGACAGUUCAUUGAUUGGACCAGCAAUGCUGUUCUUAAAUCAGUAUUUCAAUUUUUUUAUCAAAGAAUAUUAUGUUCUUUGGUUGUGUUUUAUUUGGGUUACUCUGGAUUUACUACGGUAUAAUACUCAAAUUUGCCUUGAAAUUUGCGAUUAUAUGAAGAUCAAAUUAUUUAGGAUACCACUAGGAGAUCAUCGAACUAGUCUGGUUUCUAAUACAGCUGAGAAAAAUGUUCGCGCGAUGGUGGAACAAGAGCCUCUGUUAGACGAGGAUUAUCAUCACGGAUCUGAUACUACCCUCGACCUAUGACGGUUGAAAUUCAUCAGCGUAAAGAUAAUUAUUUCGAAACGCAGGGUUACGUAAAACUUUCUUUGCAACUUUUAUCAUUACUCUUUCAUUGCCCAUUAACAAGUACAAAUACUAGUCUCUUUCUAGAAUGAAAAUUAAUGUAUUAUACUGUACAUUAGCAGUACUACAGUUUCACGUGGCCUUGAUACCCAUCUUGAAUCAUAAUAAUUUUAUUAUGAAAUUUGAGAUGCUGGAUAAAGGAAAGAGUAUAGAUUAUAUAGCAGAAUGAAGCAGGGUAGUUACAUUAUAGGAAGUGAAGUUUAAGUAGAAGAGAAAGUUUAACCCUUAAAAGCUAUUAUCGAAAUUUCAUUUUAGUAUUUCAGUAUUUUAAUUUACAUGGGCAAAAUUUCACAUAUUGUUUAUUUUAGAAAUUAAUAAAUUACCAUUGAAUAUUGGAUGAAAAAUAGACAUUGUUUCAAUCCUAUCAUAUGAUAGUAUUAAAAUAAAAUUCGCACAGCAUGAAAUUUCAUAUAUAUUAGCCUGUAAGGGUUAAAGAAAGUUUCGCGUGGUCCUCUUCGGCGUAGGAGAAAAUUAAAAAUGAAAAUUCUAAUUUUAUUGAUAAGUGUAUCGUGUUGUACGAAACUGUUUGGUUCAAAGAUUUUCGAUGAAGUAAGAUAAGAGUAUUUCCUGUGAUAGUUUUAUAGAGAGACAGCGAAGUACAUUUUCAUUAUUGAUGAUCAAACAACGAAGGACUAUAGUUAUUCCUACAGAGUCGGAGGCAUUUCGAAUUGUAAGAUAAGAUUCAUGUAUUAUUCGUAACGUUUAAAAAUUCGUACAGUUUUAUAGAAAGAUAUAGAAAGGAUAGAAGAACUUGAAGAAAGUAGAGUGGCUUUCUUUUUAAAGAAAAAUUGUUGAAAACAAUUCUAAAGUGGAUAGGAUGAACAUUUAUUAAUGUUGUCAGGAUGAAAUAGCAUUUAACACUAGCACACUAGCGUAAUAAAGAGAUACUUGUUCAUUUUUACCAGUUGUACGACUUCCAGUCUUUAUCAACAUUUUUGUGAUCUCUUAAAUGGAGAUGACAGUCGAAUUAUUUAACUAAAAUACUAACGACGUCACAAAUGUUAGAGAAAAGAAAUAAGAAGGAUAAUAAUAAUAGAAAUAAGUUUGUAUAAAUAAACAAUUUGUAAUAUAUUUAUUUAAUAAGAAGUAAGAUAUGAAAUUUUACCAGAUUUAAUUUUAAGUUAAUGUUAAGUUCAGAGAAAAGUUGUAGGUAUUAAUUAUAUGGCAAAUUAUAUGGCAAAUUAUAUCAGAAGUUUUAUGUUUAUAGAUUCUAUAUACUGUAAACUGCGAUCAUUGUAAUUUAUGCGAUCAAAUAAAAUUUUAAUUGCCAUUCUGUUA